AUGUAUUAUAUCCUCUACCUUGCAAGUCUCUGCAAACGCAGACACUGGACGGAACCACACUAUGACUCCUUCCAAAGCUCCACGGGCUACACCUGCGUAGUCCGCGUCAACAACCGCGAAUACAAGACCGACUCAAUCUGCGAGUCCGAAGUAAUGGCCCGUGAGAACGCUGCCAUGCGCGCGUACCUGAUUUGUCGAAAUUUUUCGGUCAAUGACGGCAUGUAUCCGGCUGGUCAUGACCAUGGCGGAGUCUUGCAGGGAGUGCCCGUUGCGAUUGGGACUGGGCGUGGAAGUCAUCGAGUUUCUUCACGGUAUGGUGCUACUCACCAUGAUGAGAGCGAUUCGACUUCGGUUAGUGGUGGGAGUCGGAGUGGUGGGAGCAGCCCUGAGAGUCAUGACGGGGCGCGCUUGAUGUCUCGUGAUCACCAUGAUCGUCGUCAGGGAGUUCCUACUCGCGCUCUGGCUUACCGGUACUAG